GCGGUGUCAGUGCUUCACAGGGUUGACGUACGGUGCCACAAGAAGCUGUUUUUACUAGUUUGCCGCCGCUAAAAGUUGAUAUUUUACAAGCAUGCAGUCAGAAUCGGGAAUAGUUCCCGACUUCGAUGAUGGAGAGGACUUACAAGAGGAGCCCAAAACGUAUUACGAGCUGAAGAGUCAGCCCUUGAAAAGCAGCCCGUCAGCGCAGCGUGGCGCUUCCAAGCCUCCGCUCAGCUCCUCGGCCACUACCUCGCGCAUCUUGUUGCGUCAACAGCUGAUGCGCGAGCAACUUCAGGAGCAGGAGCGGCGGGAGCAGCGCAGGCAUCAGGACUCCCAGUACCCGCAAACCACAGCUACACAGACCCCUGCCAUCAAUGUCACCGUCCCUGCACCAGCCGCUGCCCAGGUGCCUAUGGAAGUGCUGAAGGUGCAGACUCAUCUGGAGAACCCGACCAAGUACCACAUCCAGCGCUCCCAGCAGCAGCAGGUCAAGCAGUACCUGGGAAAGGUUGGCUCACAUGUACUGAGCUUGCCCUGCCCCCAAAAGUCCUCUGACCACGGGGGCAUGCCGCCAGGGCCAGGCAACAGCGCCCCCAACAGCCCUAUGGCCUUACUGACCCUGAACUCGAAUUGCGAGAAAGAGAUGGAUGAUGUCAUCGAUGACAUUAUCAGUCUGGAGUCCAGUUACAACGAUGAUAUCCUCGGCCUGAUGGACCCAGGACUUCAAAUGGCCAACACGAUACCAGUGCCCACCAACCUCAUGGACAUGUAUGGAAAUCAGGGUAUGUCUCAGCAAGGUCUGCCCAUCAGUAACUCCUGUCCUGCCAACCUGCCCAACAUCAAAAGGGAAUACUCAGUGUCACAGUCUGCGGCCGUAAUGCACAUGUUGGAUAAGUCUGGAUCAUGUGGCAAAUUUGACAACUAUCAAAGGCCUGAAGGGUUUCCUGUUGUUGAGGUAAGAGCUCUAGCAAAGGAGAGACAGAAGAAGGACAACCACAACUUGAUUGAAAGAAGACGGCGGUUUAACAUCAAUGAUCGAAUUAAGGAACUGGGAACUUUAAUUCCAAAGUCAAAUGACCCAGACAUGCGCUGGAACAAGGGCACCAUCCUCAAGGCGUCCGUGGACUACAUCAGGAAGCUACAGCGUGAGCAACAAAGGGCGAAAGAGCUGGAGAACUGUCAGAGGAAGCUUGAAAAUGCCAAUCGGCAUCUUCUGCUGAGGAUACAGGAGUUGGAGAUGCAGGCCCGAGCUAACGGCCUGGCCAUCACAACCUCGGCGCUGUGCUCCACUGACCUCAGGGGCCGGAGGAUCAAGCAGGAGCCCCCUCUGGAGGACUGUCACCAGGACCUUUACACACUCCACCCCCACUCGCAUCACCAGCACCACCCCGCCUGUACCCCCGAGCCCCCCGGCACCCUGGAGCAAAACGAGGGUCACCCCAAUUGCUCCAAAGGGCGCUACAGGGUUCACAGCAGGCCGGCCUCCAAACUCAACGACAUCCUCAUGGAAGAAAACGUAUCGCCCGUGCGAGGGGGGGACCCUUUGCUCUCGUCCGUCUCCCCAGAUGCCUCGAAGGACAGCAGUCGUAAGAGCAGCGUAAGCAUGGAUGAGAAUGAGCAGGGCUGUUAGCGCCUCCUCCUGGAAGACCCCCUCCAUAUGGCUGCACUCUGGGCUGCUGUUGUCUUUUUGUUUCUCCGUUUACACGUUUUCAGUCUUUUGCUUUCUUUUUUUUAUGAUGCUUGUGUCUUUUAAAGCCCUCAAACUUGAUUUCAAGGACUGAUUUUAAAGUUUGUUUGCAUUAAUCAAAACUUUGAUGACAAUGAGUUACACAUUUAGAGUUUUAUAUGUAAACAAAAACAUUUACAGUAUCUUAGGGUAGACAAUAAAUUAUGUCUAUUUCUGGUGAUUUAAAGAAUCUGGGGAAAUGAUAAAUUAUGCUAACGGACAGUAUAUGUUGUGGUGAGAAAACACUGCUUUGGAAAUCACUAGCAAUAAUAGAAGACAUCUAUUUAUUACUGUCGUGCGUUACACUCCUCUUUGAACUUGAACAUGCCAAUGCCUUAUAAUGACAUCAAAGUUGUAUCCCUUUGCACAUGCUGUGGUUGUUAGUCUUCUUCCAAUGGAAACGUCGUUCUUGACAAAUUGAUCAGUUGUAUUAAGCUAAUAUAUGCAACUACCGUUAAAUAGUAUUUUAUUGUUAGCCUAAUUGCAUGAUUGCCGUAAUCAUUUUUGAACGUAUUCAACAACCAAGAAGAGUACUGUUUCCUCGAUUUAACCUUUACCAUGACCUAGAUGAGGCAAAAUCUACACAGACAUUUUUAGCAACGAUAUUGGUAGUUGUUUUUAGUAAGACUAUGAUUUCAAACUAAAAAUGACUCGGCCAAUUAUGCCAUUAGGCUAAUGUUAUAUAAAAAUGUAAAUAAGCAAAUUGAUGAAAGCUGUUUCAUUCAAUAUUGUACGAGCACAGUGCAGUUCCUCCACAAUUAUGCUUGUUUUAGCUGCCCUGUGCUGAUUUAGGAGCAAAUUGUGGACAUAGACAGGUGACAAAUAAAAACAAAAUAUUAAUGAUUAGCAAUAAUGUCAUCAGAUAUCAUGUGACGCAAUUUCUUUGUGAUGCAAGUAUAGAUACGGAGAAGAGGGGUCCCCUCUCCAGGAUUGAGAGGUUUUCUUUUCAUUUGCCACCUAUCUGAAUAUCACAUCCCCCUCACUGACUGAAUGUCUCUUAUAGUUUCACUUGUCAACUCUGCAAAGAACUCCUGACAAACAUGUAUCAAAAGCCUCUUGCAAAGAAUUUAUGUGAACAUUUAUUUUGUGAAGGACUGUAAGGCGACUGUAUUUGAAUUCCGACUGAAGCGUGUGGAAAAACGAAAGACUGGACUGACCUCUGUCAAUCAGAUCGGAAUUUGUUUUUUAUUUUUUGUAUCUAUGCAUUGAGUCACGAUUGUUCUUGGCUUUUCCAAACACUUACACAAUAUUCUAUGAGACUGCAUAUUCUUGGCCACGUAUGAAUAUUGUGUAUUUGUUUUCCAGCACUUGUAGCACAUUGCGUAAGCAUGGUUUUGUUCACCUGCCCUGUUACAACUCAGCCUCUAUGUUGGUCAGCGAGGCAACAGUUGACUUUGUGCCUGUCGAUUCACGUCUUGACAACGUGAUGUUGUGAUCUUUUUAAAUGCUGUAAGUGCCCUGUGGUGGUUCCUGUUUCCCUGCUGAUUUUAGAGGAGCUGUACACACCGGUACUAACAUUGUGUUGCAGAUGUUUACUGGUGUUUUGGGAGAACGUCAAGUUGCUUUACAAACCUUUUUCAGUUUAUAAAAAAAAAAAAAAAAAACUCAAUUCAAGAGCCUCUCAGAUGUAGAAGCUAUAUUCUUUUUUUAAAAUGUUUUUUUAAUCAAAACUACAAGGUGUCACUUGAUAAAAUAAAUAAACAAAUGACAAGUUGGAAUGAAUAAUCAUGGAAUUAAGUGAUGUAAAAGAACAUUUUAGAAGCACGACCUUUGAUUUAUCCGUGAUUAAAACUGUAUCCCUGUUAAAUGUAUAUUUUGAAACAUUUUCUUUUUAUUUGUGUUCUUUUUAAAAUAGAAAUAUUUUAUAGAAACUUUUUCAAUAACAAGGUCACGUAACAAUCUUCUCCAACAAAUCUUUUGAGUAAUAUUCUUUCUAAUUAUGGCAAAUUUAUCAUUGUUAUUUUUUUAAGUGCUGUUGGAGAAGAGAAGGGCCUAUUUGGAGAUAGUUUUUUAUAUUCAUGCUGAAUAAUGAAUUUUGGUUGAGUGAUGCUUUAUAUAUUUCUGACAAAUGUGUUAUUUAUUUUGUGUUGAACAGAUAUGCGUUUUAUAAUCCCCAAACUAACUUGAAAAGCAUAUUGUUAUUUCUUAUUGCCUGAAUGUAAUUCAAAGAGAUGACUGCCAAAAAUGUGUUUCCACUGUGCCAAAGUUACUGGCUGUAAUAUCUUAUUAGCUCAGCUGUCCUUCUCUACAGUCAUUACAGUACACGCAGUUACAAUAACCAAGUUGACUUUAAAAUGAACAGGUUAAGUCUUGCCCACCAUUUGGACCAGAAGGAAUGUGACAAAGGUGGCACGGUUGGCCGACUGGUUAGCUCAUCCGACUCACAGUUCUGAGGACCCGGGUUCAAAUCCGGCCUCGCCUGUGUGGCGUUCGCAUUUUCUCCCCGUGCCUGCGUGGGUUUUCUCCGGGCACUCCGGUUUCCUCCCACAUCCCAAAAACAUGCACUGUAGGUUAAUUGCAGACUCUAAACUCUCCAUAGGUAUGAAUGUGAGUGCGAAUGGUUGUUUGUUGACAUGUGCCCUGUGAUUGGCUGGCAACCAGUUCAGGGUGGACCCCCCCUCUCGCCCGAAGAUAGCUGGGAUAGGCUCCAGCACGCCAGCGACCCGAGUGAGGUAAAGUGUUGUAGAAAAUGGAGGAAUGUAAGAAAAUGGAACAUUUAACUUUUCUGGAGCUUUGGUCAUCUUUAGCAUGUGGUGCAAGUAACACUUUGAUUUGAUUAGAUUUCAAGUUAGUACAGAGAGACAAUGCACAAGCCUCCCCAAGACAACUGAAUAAGCGUGAUCUUCUGAUGCAAAACUUGAGACCCAGUUAUAUGGAGGCCAACACUUACAGGAGGUGAAAAUUUAGGACCUUGGGAAAUAAAAGUAACAAUGUGGCCUACUACAUGUAAUCAGAUUACAAUUUUUACCUAAAUCCAGCUGAACCCGGAAAUGUGAUUCAAUUUUCAGUGAUGAUCCAUUAAAGGCACUUGCUGUGAUUAUAUGGCACAUUUGCUUAUGAAACAUCACGUUAGACCAAUGUACUUGUUCUCAUGCUUGCGGUCCAUCCCGGUGUGUUCUCUACUUCUUUUUGCUCCAUUUUGUAGAAGUGUGACUAUGGUUACUGUGCAGACUCCACUCUGUGAACUCAAAUUAC